AUGGCCCCCAGGUCACUGUUCGUCUGCAGGAAGGCCACUUACGCCGACCCGGUAGGAGAUCCUGAGUCUGGCGUCCGAGACAUUUUCAGGCAGAUUGCUCCCGAAAUUGUGUACAAGUAUUUCGUCAUUGGGCUGCAAAGUGCCCCUCAUGCAAUGAACAUCUACGCAACUCUGGACGGGGAGGAAAUAACAGGUGAAGACAUGAAGCGUCGGUAUGCUCACAGCUUUAUCCUCUUCCCAUUAGAGCUUCGCCUGCAACGAGACCUGAGGCCAAACCCGGUAUCCCAAGAAGACAAGAUGAUGGAAAUAUUGCAGGCAGGGGUCAUAAAUCUCAGCACAUUGAGUGCGCUUGUCUGCGCGUUCAAGGUUUUCGAAGGAGGAGACAUCUCAAAGGCAGGCGACGUACUCGCUACCACUAACACAACUCUGCAUGAACUCACUUCUCAACUACCAUGGUUGAAAGGUGGUCUUGAGAAAGCAAGAAAGACGGUCGAAGAGGGCGAAGAUGUGGCAUCCCCGGAUGAAACCUCGGCCGAGUCUCUCGCCUCAGUGAACAACGCAGCGCAUUCAUUCGAGCAGCUCCACGUCAUUACCAGGAAUCUCGAGCCCAGGCUUACCCGGCUAUCGAACGGAGAGAACCUUACGAAUCAAGGUAUCGUUGAUACAAUGCUGAACUUGCGCCAAGCCAUGGUUCAUCUCUCUAGAUACGAGCAGUCGAUGCAGGUUGUCGACAAGGAGGAAUUUACCAAGUGGGACCAAAAGGUGAUCAAACAUCAAACCUGGCAAUACGCUGCAACUGCCACCGGGGUUCUCGGUGUGGCUGCCAUUGUCAUCGCAGCCAUCCUUCAACCCGACAUCCUCACCAAGCUCUUGGCAGAGACUCUAGCUGGGGGCAGCAUUGUGGGAGGCGUCGGCGUCGUCGCCACGUUGGAUCAGAAAGUGAGGAAAGAUAAGGCCAUGGUGGCGCACCAGAAUGCCAAGGACAGGGCCAGGAGGGGACGGAUCGCGCUGAGGGAGGUCAAGAAAGCCCUUGAGGAGGUCCGCACCGAUCUAGCCACCAUUUUCAUAGUGCAAGUGAUGCGGCAACACGUCCAGGGUCCAUCCAUCGGACGUCACGAACUGGAGCAGGCCAUUACGAUGCUGGGGGGUGACUUGGGUGCACUGGGCGAUAGUGGUUAUGACCGAGCCCUGAUUGGGGAUAGGAUGAGGAAUCUGGCCGAGAAGAUUCUAAACCUGGAUGAGGCGUAUCAGCAGAUGUUGAGGGAUCUGAACCUGGUCAUGGACGAAAUAGGACGGGUACCACAGCCAGCGUAA